AUGGCGGAAGCUGUCAUCGUCGAUAUUGCUGGAAAGAUCGUUACUUAUCUGGUUCCUCAAGCAUCGGAAAAGAUUGGGAAAUUAUGGGGUGUCAAGCAUGAACUCGAGAAGCUGAGAAAUAUUGUCUCCACGCUUCGAGCUGUACUCAACGAUGCAGAAAAACAAGGCUACCAGAAUGACCAAAUCCAAGUUUGGCUCGACAACAUGAAAGACGCUUUAUAUGACGCGCAGGAUGUGCUUGAAGAAUUCCAUAUAGAAGCUAUGCAACGAGAGCUGAGGGGCCACAAUGAAGUGAUAAAGGAGGUAAGGACAUUUUUCUCAAGUUCAAACAAGCUUGCUUUUAAUUUGAAGAUGAGUUCCAAAGUAAGAGUAGUGAGGAAAAAAAUAGAAGACAUUAACACUCGUAGGAAAUACCACUUGGACGAGCGCCUUGUGGAUUCAAGAGUAGAGAGAGAGAAGAAGAGAAAAGAGAUGCAUUCGUUUAUGUUAAGGGGAGUUAUUAGAGGGAGAGAUAAUGAUAAGAACACGGUCAUGGAAUUUUUGCUAGACCCAAACGUGACAGAGGACGUUUCCAUCCUUCCAAUAGUUGGUAUUGGUGGUAUUGGAAAAACGGCUCUUGCUCAAUGCGUAUAUAAUGAUGAGAUGGUAAGUAAACACUUUCACUUGAAAAUGUGGGUCUGUGUCUUGAAAGACUUUGACGUGAAAAAAAUAGUCACAAAUAUCCUAACUUGUGCAAAGCAAAGAAGACCUAGCGGGGCUACAAUGGAGCUGUUGCAAUGUGCUCUAAGGGCAGAAAUUGAUAAAAAGAGAUAUCUCUUAGUUUUAGAUGACUUGUGGAAUGAAGAACAGGAAAAAUGGCUAAGCUUGAAAAAUUUGUUGGUGGGAGGUGCUAGAGGAAGCAAGAUCCUUAUAACCACACGACUGCAUUCGGUUGCGGAGCUCACCCGCACUGCUCCGCCUCAUACUCUCAGGGAAUUAUCUGAAAAUGCAUCUUUUGAUUUAUUUAUGCAACUGGCUUUUCGAAAAGAAGAGGAUAUACAAGAUCCUAACAUGCGAGUUAUUGGUGAAGAUAUAGUUAGAAAGUGCUACGGUGUUCCAUUAGUUAUUCGAAUUGUUGGGAGUUUACUAUUCUUUAAGAAAACUACACGCGAAUGGUUACAUUUCAAAGAUUAUGAGUUCCCGAAAGUGUCUCAAAAGGAAGACCGCAUAAAAUUGCUUCUGAAGCUAACUUAUGACCAUCUUCCUUCCCAUUUGAAACAAUGUUUCGCGUUUUGUUCAUUGUUUCCCAAAGAUUAUGAGAUAGAAAAGCAGACUUUGGUCGAUCUUUGGAUGGCAGAAGGAUUUAUCCAACCAUCAAGUGGAAGUCCGCAUUUAGAAGACAUUGGUCAUGAAUAUUUCAUGGAUCUACUUUGGAGUAACUUCUUCCAAGAUUUUAAAAAAAAUCUACACACGAAUGAGGAGACUUGCAAGAUGCAUGAUUUGAUGCAUGAUCUAGCCUGCUCGGUUGCAGGGACCGAGUGUUGGGCGACAUGGGAUGGUCCAAAACCCAUACAUAAAAGAACUCGUCAUAUAUCUUAUGAUUUACCUUCCAAUUUGAUGGGUGAACUUCUAGUCUCAUGCUUGAAAGCAAGUGCACCGAGAACAUUUUUGUCCGUUGCUAGUUAUGAAAGGGAGCCAACAAGUGAAGCACAUAUACACCGACUCAUUCAAAGUUUCAAAAGAUUGUGCAUCUUGGAUUUGCAUGCCACAACUGUCCAGAAGGUGCCAAGGUCCAUUUAUAAGUUGAAGCAUCUUACAUAUCUCGAUCUCUCUCACAAUGAUGCACUCAAAGGGCUUCCUAACUCCAUCACGAGAUUGCAGAAUUUGCAAACACUUAAUCUCAAUGGUUGUGGAUCCCUCGAAGAAUUGCCAAGGGGUAUAAGGAAGUUAGUCAGCCUUCGAAAUCUAAACAUAGAUGAUUGUGAUAAACUUCGUUAUAUGCCACGUGGACUAGGGCAAUUGAGUUUGUUGCAUAGGUUAAUGCACUUUAUAUUGCCCAAAGAUAAAGCUCUUGCUAAGAAAUAUUGCGGACUUGGAGAGCUAAAUAGGCUUAAUAACAUCCGGGGAAGUCUUUCCAUUGAAAAUUUGGAAAGUGUGACAAAUGUAGAAGAAGAAUCCCAAGCCGCGAACUUGAGAGAGAAGCGUUCUCUGGAAAUCUUGGCUCUUUCAUGGGGCAAUUUUGAUAUUACUGAUGAAGCAAUGAUUACGAAGAGAGAUGAAGCACUAUUAGAUGGAUUGAGGCCGCCCGACAAUCUACAGGAGUUGUUUAUUUAUGGAUAUAAUGGUGAGAGUUUCCCGACGUGGAUGACCGAGUUGCCCAAUUUAGUUGAGUUAGAAUUGCUGCGGUGCACGAGAUGUAAACAUUUCCCCCAAUCUGGCCUUAGUAAGUUGAAGCAUCUCGACAUCUCUGAUAUGAAGUCUCUAGAAUAUUUGCCUGGGGAGUGUCUGGGAAGUCUCACCUCACUUGAAUCUCUUCACAUCAUGUAUUGUCCUCGGUUAACUUCCCUCCCACUUGGUUUACUUGGUUUGCGGCAUCUAUCGAAGCUCGUGGAUCUCGAUAUUAGUUAUUGCGAGGAGCUCGAUUUAUCCAAAGAUGAAAGCGGCAACAUCAUCUUGGAUUUCCAUGGACUUCAGAGUCUCCGGUCUCUAAAGAUCGAUCAUCUUCCCAAACUAGAAUCUCUCCCACAGUGGAUUCUACAGCUUCGCAGUCUCGAGUGUCUCUAUAUUUCCCAGUGCCCCAAUUUUAAGGAAUUAGCAGAGCAAAUCGAGAAAUGUGAGGAGCUCGAAAUAUCCAAAAACGAAAGCGGCAACAUCUUGGAUUUCCAUGGAGGCCUUCAAAGUCUCCGCACCGUGAUAAUCUGGGACCUUCCCAAACUGACAUCUCUCCCACAGUGGCUUUUACAGGCCCGCAAUCUCGAGCGUCUCAAAUUUUGGUUCUGCGGCAAUUUGAAGGAUAUACCAGAGCAGAUCGAGGCCCUUCAAUCACUUCAAAAUCUCUGCAUCAACGGGUGCUCCUUGUUGACAUCAUUCCCUGAAGCAAUGCGAAGGCUCACAUCCCUUACUCACCUACAAAUCUCAGGUUGCGGAGAAUUGGAGGAGAGUUGCAAAAGACAAGCAGGCGAGGACUGGGACAAGAUCGCUCAUAUCCCAAACAUACGAUUUGACUAG